AAAGGUUGAGUAAACUAUUUGGAAGGCGCGAAAAUAUUAAGAAAAAAAAGAACGGCGACAAAAAAGAGUACCUAAAAACGAUAAAGAAAAAAAUAUUGCAAUAUAAAAAUGGUUUCCAGCCAGUCAGCAACUGCAAAUCGCGUCUUUUGGUUAGCAAUACUAUUCAUCAGCUUAUUGCUGCCAUUGGACACCCAGGAGGCCAGCCGUGACCUGUGCAAGGGCUCAGACGAUGCGGCCGCCUGUGCUCAGGCGACCGAAGCUCUAGGCACGGGUCGCAAGGCAGCGCCCAAACGAGCCAAGUUUAAGUUCCAUAAAAUUCAGCGCAUGGACGACGACGACGACAACGGCGACACUGGCGAUGAUAACGAAUCGGGCGCUGAAGACAUGGCUGAUGACAAUGAUAAUGACGACGAUGAGAACGAUAACGAUACUGAUAAUGAUAAUGAUGAGUCCAAGGCUGGCAAUAGAAGGCGGCAAGCUGAGGAUAGAUCUUCGAUUGAAAAUUAUAAUGAUAACGAAACCGAUGACGAAGACAAGACCGAACCGUCGCUACUGAAUCGCAUUUGGAACAGAUUUGUUUGGGGCGAAGCUGCUGCCAAUGAGACAGAGACAGCAGAGACACAGUAUCCCAAUGUGCUCAACUGGCUGCACUGGCUGACGGAGCCCACGGAGGAAGCCGCUCCAGUGGGCAAAAAAGAAAAGUCGCGCAAAUCGGUGAAAAGCGACAUUGAUUGGCUGACAUAUUUAAAGCGCUGGCCCUUCAACAGCAUCUUCCCAGAGCCGCCAGCGCAGCCCAGCGCCAAGCGGCGGCGCGAGCGGCACAGGAACAGCCCGGAUGAUGGUGAGAGCAGCGGCCCGUCGCGACCGCAGCCGCCCAAGAGCGAGGAAUAUGUCGAGCUGCUGAUACACUCGCUGCCCGCGUUCAUUGGCAGCGUGUCCCAAGCGAAGAGCGGCGAUUGCCACCAGCAGCUGGAGCUGCUGCAUCGCCAGCUGCGUGCUCACAAGAUGUGGACGUUGCAGAUGCUCGAUGCCACGGCCAAAAUCGGUGCCGGUCUGUUGCGCGGCAACAUAAACCAGUUUGGGGACUAUGACCAAUGCACCAAGGUGUCCACGACGGUGCAGACGACCGCGUCCAAGAGUCCGAUGCGCGUGCAUGGCAAAUACUGUUUGGCCCAAAUCGAGAUGCGAUCGACGCUCAGCAGUCUCAAGGAGCCGCUGCAUCUGCUGCAUGGACGCGACCUGUGGCACGCCCACCUGAAACAUCCCAAGCACUUUGCACCACGCUACAACAUCGCCAACUGGGGCAUUUGCCUGCCGCACGCCUGCUCCGCCCAUGUGGUGCAUAGCAUUAUUGAGACCAGUCUGCGUCCCUACAAUGACACGGGCAUCGAGUUCCACAUCGAGGUGAGAGACGAGCACUGCACCACAAGGCAGCGGAAGAGUUUCACGAAGCUUUUGGCCAAGGACAGCUAUUUGGCAACGGGCAUAUUAGGCAUUGCCACGCUGGGCCUGAUGUGUCUGUUGGCGCUCGGCUGGGAGCACUGGGACUGGAUCAGCCACAAGCUGAUGCGCCUGCACGGCGGCAACGAGGCGGACGCACAGCUGGCGGCAGCUGAGGCGAACAGAGUCGAGAAUGUGUGUGAGCCGCAGCCCGCUGAGGAGCCGGAGCUGGACGAGACGGCAGCCAAAAAGGAGGAGGAGAUCACGCCGGCGCUACAUGUACGGCUGUUGGGCGCCUUCUCGCCACAGCGCACUCUGGAGUCGCUAGUCUCGCUGACACAUCCAGAUGUUGAGUUCCCACUGAUACAUCUGCUGAAGAUAUUGGGCACGCUCAUGAUCUAUGUCAAUCUCAAGUACAUCAUGGCCGGCCAUUUGCCCUUGACGAAUCGCGACGCAUUUGUUGGCACUGUGAAUCGCAACUGGAGCCUGGCGUGCCGCAUUCCACUGCUAUACAGCGACAUGUUGCUCCUGAUAGGUGGCUUCUUGGUGGCCCACCAGCUGUCCAAUGACAUGGAGCAAACGUGCCGUUUGAGCUUCCUGCGGAAUGUCGGCUCGAAGGCGUGUCGCCAUAUGCCCAGCAUACUGGCGGUGAUCGGCUUCCAAACCUGGAUACUGCCACAUCUGGGCAGCGGUCCGCUCUGGCAUCUGCUUGUCGGCGAGAAUGCCCGUCUCUGCGAGGAGAAUAUGUGGCGUAAUGCGCUCAGUGUCCAAAACACUGGCGACCUUGAGGAAAUGUGCUCGCCCAUCACGGUCCAACUCUCACUGGAUUUGCAAUUGUACUUUCUGGGUGCACUCGUCGUCUGGCUGUACUUCACCGAUCCAGAGGCUGGUUUUUUUCUCUGUGGCGCUUUUCAUGCCAUCUCCGUUGCGGCGCGAUUUUCACGCACUCAGCGAGAUUUCCUGGCACCGUCGCUCUUCCACGGCAUCGGUGUCAGCAAGUUCUACCGCACCGCUAAUCUUAUUUACAACUCGCCAAUCACGCGUGCAACCACUUACCUUUUGGGCAUUGGCGCCGGCCUCCUAUUCCGCAGCGAGUCCGGAUCUUUUGGCGUCGUGCCACGUUUUCGGCGUGCGGGUUGGGCUCUGGCAAUGCUGGGCAUUGCCUGGUGCUUUUGGUCAGCCGCGGCGGGAAUGCGCACCAAAUUCGUAUACAAUGCGACGGAGGCAGCUGCAUACCUGGCCUGGAGUCCGCUUAUACUUGGCCUCGGCCUAUGCUGGGCCAUUCUGAUGGCGCCACUGGACAAAGGUCUGGUGCAGCGUUAUCCAAACAUUGCCCGUCCUGUGCUGCUCCUGUCGAGAAUGCAAAUUCCGCUACAGCUAGCCAGCUAUGUGGUCGUCCUGUGGAGCACGGCAAGCGUAAAGGAGCCCCAUCAAUUUCAAAUCUCCGAUUUGAUAAGCCUACAGGAGUUGGCGUGCAUUGUGUGCUUCGCCCUUGUUGUGGCCUUCCUAAUUGACUUUCCCGCCCAGCAAAUAGGUUAUAUAUUAUUGGACAUCAUAUUUAGCGAUGUUCUGCUAUCGAGCAGCAAAGUAAGCACAACUGUGGAGCCGUCGGAGGCGACGCCAUCGGAGAAAUCACCGGAUUCGCCAGAGCCCAUCGAAUCGAUUUGGUCCUCUGAAUCAGAGCCUGAGGAGGAAAAGUCGAACGACAUUUAAUGCUUCAAUUAUACUUAU